AUGAUCGACCUAAACCCUCCUUAUCAAAGAGAUAUUGUGUGGCCAGAAUACAAGCAAAUUAACCUCAUAACGUCUAUAUUCGAGAACUACUAUAUUCCGCCGAUCGUGUUCUCGGUCACGAAGGACGAAGAUGGAGAACCGAUCCGGAUAUGUGUCGAUGGCAAGCAAAGACUGACUUCGAUCCGCAAGUUUAUGGAUGGAGCGGUACAUCGGUACAACAAAAAGUCUUUCUGGUUUAGCGUGCCCCGGUCGCAGAAAGACAAUAUGCUGGCGGUUCCCCAAUGGGCCAAAGAUCAGUUUCUAAAAAAGACCAUCCAAUGCGCUGAAUAUCAUGAUGUUGCACCUACUACGGAGCGCGAGAUUUUCCAGCGUGUGCAGAUGGGCACGCCGUUAUCCGCCGCCGCAGAGAAACUGCAGGCCAUCUCGUCCCCUUGCGCUGUCUGGAUUGGCGACCUCCAAGAGGAAUUCGUGAACGCAGAGGACGGCCUGACCACUGUCUUGAACUGGAACACGAAGCGCGCGGCCGACUACCAAUGUCUUGUACAGCUGGUAUAUUCUUGUGAACACACGUGGAACCGGCCUACUCCGACGGGAAAGAAGUUGACUACUUGGCUAUCGCGAGACAACGAACCAGACAAUUCGUUCAAAGCGGCUAUCCACCAAUCUCUCCGGGAAUUGUGGGCUAUCGCUGCCGAUCCCAUCUUGAACGACGCGUUCAGCAAAGUGAAGCGGAUAGUCGCCCCAAUAGAGUUCGUCUUCAUGGGUGUCUUGCUCUUUGUCAUGCGUCACAAAUCGCGCGUGGAUCGCGCUGAGGCCAUCCACGAUAUGCGUAUCAGGGUGAAAGAAGCGCACAAGGACGUAAGGAUGAACGACGAUGUCGCAAGGACGCUGUGGGAUAUCAUUGAGGAGUACUUGGACAUUGAUGAUGACGAACGACCAGUGCGGCGAACACGGCGGAAAAAGAGCAGCCGGGCAGAGAAGGAUGACGAUUACGCGCCCUCUGGAAGGCGUCAUUGA